GACAACCAAAGCUUGGAAAACAAAGUUUAGAGGAGACAAGAAGUAGAAGGGUACGAAUGCUUAUACUAUAGCGACGGUUUUAGACAAUCUAGCGCUGAAAAAUGGAUGCUGAAGGCCUUAAUAUGACGAUUGACUAUGUGGGAAGCAGUGGUGCUAUCUUGAGUCCAGAACAGAAGGCUGCUUUUCAGUCUUCUCUUGUCAUUACCCGGUGCAACUACAAAUUUGAGAAAGUGCGAUACUGGGGUAAAAUACUCGGUGUAAAGAAUGACUAUUUUAUCAUACAAGGAGUCGGGAAGGACGAGUUAAAAGAACGAAAAACGCUGUACAGCCAAGACUGCAUUCACUGGGGACUGCUACCGGUGGUGACCGACAAAAUGAGACACGAUUGCUCCUUUGUAAAAGGCCGAUUCACUGGAGAUCCUUCCUAUGAAUACGAACACACAGAAACAGUGAAAAUUGAUAAUCAAGAUGGCGAGAAAACUGAGGGCGGAGAGGAGGAAAAUACGAUACUAAUUAAGGAAGAAGACAGACUUGCCACAACGAUUGAAGCCAUUGAUUACGAUGUCCGUAUUGUCCCAAGAGGUUCAUAUAUCAGAACAGCAACUGGUGCAGUGAUAGAAAAUCGCUCAUUUGAAGGGCUCUCAGUAGCAGAUGCUGGAAAACUUGCAAGCUACUUUCAUUUUCGUGACCCUGUUCUCUUCAAUCAAAAGUCUCUUCUUCAAAAGGCUGAACUGGACAAAGCAGUUGAUUUCUUGGAUCCAAUUGACACAGACGUCCCCAAAGGAGGGUCCUGGAGUAUUCAAUUUGAGCGAGGAAGUGGAUUGGUCUCCCUGCGUAGCCUUCACUGGCUCGGAUUCACCUUCUUUCACGUGCCAGAGACAAGAAAAUAUGGGAUGGUUUAUAUUGGAACAGGGAACAAGAAUCUAGACUUGCCAUUCAUGCUGUAGAUAAACUUAUUAGCCAUUUAAGCCUUGUUGUUAAUAUACAAAAGCUUGCCUUCUUGUAAAUAUUUUACAUUUAUAGAAAAAGAGGAAUAAAGAUUGAACUGGUUACGUGA